GUGAAAUAACCACAUCCUUCGUUGUUGCCUCCGCGAGUUAUACCCUUCCCGCUCACACUCAAGAGCAAAUGGACGACCAGGAAUCGGAAAUACACCGACUCGUCGAGAACGCUGAGAAAGAGCAAGACGGAGGAAGUGCACUGCGGCGUGACGCCCUCACGAAACUCAUAGAAAUUGCUCAUUCUUCAGAUUCUGAGCUCAAGUGCUAUGCAGCAAAUCAUAUGAGAUACUUUUUCAAUAAUUUUCCUGACCUAGAAGAAGACGCUAUCAAUGCAGUCUACGAUCUUUGCGAGGAUCAAGAUUCGCGGGUUCGCAUUGAAGGAUAUCGAGCAAUCUCAAGCGUUUCAUCUGUUGAGCACAAGUGGGUUAAACGCAAUUCGGAUGUGCUUGUGCAACUUCUUCAAAGCGACGAACCAGAAGAAGUUGCCGUUGUCAAAACAGCCCUUUGUGACCAUCUCGACAUGGAUCCCGGCGUCACUCUAGGAGUCUUGUGCGAUCAAAUAAUUCCUCCUGAGUACACGAUAGACGAGGAGGAGCAGCAAAUUCGUGAUCGUUUACGCUCACUCGUGAUAGCCUUUUUGAAAGUUGAUGCAGUUGAAGCCAUCAUUCGGAAAUACACCAAAACGCCGGGUACCGAUACAGAAAACGUCUUGGUGUCCCAACUUCUGACGGCUAUCAGAAGGCUGGAGACACGCGACGUCGAAGUGAUCAUAAAGGACUUGCUUCUGAUGAUGCCUUGCUAUAUACCAGGCUCUCCGCGCGGAAUGGACCUUCUUCACGUGCUUAUCGACAAGGCAAGGUCUUCUCUUAACGUGAAAUCGAACGACUUGGGAUCUAUCAAGACCAUCGAUUUUUACAUAUCUUUGGCGCACUUCGUCGCCAUUCAAAAACGGGUUGCUUCUCCUGUUGUGUUGUUACGAUUUUAUUGUACGUAUCUGAUGGGGAAACCUGUCUUGCAAAGGUUUUCUCCCGAGGAGCAACUUAUCCUUGCGGGCCGAUUGGUAGAGGCACUUGAAGCAUGCGAGGAAGAAAGUCGUGUCCGCCCUCAAAUUUGCAGUCAUGAACAGUUUUCAUUUCUUCGGCGACAGGUCGUUGAUGGAGCGCCAAAUUUGUUGGAGGCUCUCCACGACACAAAACUCGAGUCUUCAGCUAUGUGGGACACGUUGCGCUCCCUCCUUCUAGCUUGCAAACAUCGGAAAGAACGUGAAGACUGGGUAGUUCCGUUUAAUUUGGCUACAUCCAUAAGCAGAUUUCAAGUGCAAGCGCAACAGUUGGGGCCAGGAAACAACAGCGAUGAAAUUCGAGUACUCAUCAGGUCACUAACCGAAACUUCAAUGUCGCAAGCAAGUUCGAGUACAACUGUCGACGGGGAUGGUCUUUAUGAGCGCCCUGCUCACCUCCCGGCCCGACCUCAAAUGGGACGUCCGCUGUUGAAGAGACCAGAUAUGUCAAGACCUUCGCAUACAAGCACGAGUGGCGUGGUAUCGAACUCUCGACCAGCAAUACAGAUUCGCGACUCUGGUUCUCUUGCAUUACAUAAACGAUCCUUGAGCUCUGGAGAAACAGUACCACAGAUCAAGCGAGCAAAGACGGAACUGACAGAGGAACGACAACUGACACCUUCGUUGCUGAGCCGUAUGACGAUGCCUGUCCCAGGCGAUGCGGAUAAGGCCUGGCGAAAACGUGGAGGAGCAGGAAAAAAACGCGCGGAUGAUUCGUCCGAGCCGGACAAGCAUCCUAUGAGCGGUUAUAGCAUUAAAGGCGCUGCAGCACAUGCCGAGCGGGGCGAGGAGUCGAGAGAUCCCACACCAAGAACGUCGUCCUUGCUCGAUAGGCUGAACAAAUCUGAGGGCGUGGAUGGUGGUAAUAGGAAGAGACACCGAGGGAAAGCAUGAAUCAGUUCAUGGAACGUUGAUAUUUAUGUAUGAUCAUCGCUGGCUCUUAAUCUUGAUUAGCAUGAAUAGUCGGUGCCAGGUUUUAUAAAUUAAACGCAACCAUUUCAUCGACAAAGUACUACAGGCACCUUUUGUUUUAGAACACCAUGCAUGUAUGAACGCGGACGUGGUAUGAAGACCCUAGCAGAUUAAUGAAGACAGUU